GCUGGUUUUCAGAGCCUGUUUCAGUACCGCUCAGAUACUCCUGGGACUGACAGCAGCGCCUCAGCUUCUCUGCCCCGCGAAUCUACUGGAACAGAACCAGAACCAGAACCAGUGACAUGGAGAAAGCCGGGCCUCCAGCGCAGGACUUCGCCCCACCCUACCCAGGGCCCCCGCUCAACAACUACGGAGGCGUGGCCCAACCCCCACAGCCCAACUUCCAGGCCCCCCCGUACAUGCCUCCCCAGCCCGGCCCAUACCAGGGGGGAGCUCCUCCCACCGGAGUGUACGCUGCUUCACCACAGUACGCAGCGCAGCCUGGACCCCAGCAAGUGGUAACCCAGGUGGUGAUGGUGCCUCUCCUGACGGACGUCCCGGGCCAGACGCAGUGCCCCCACUGCCAGCAGCAGGUCAUCACCGAGACCCAGCACAGCGCCGGCCUGCUCACCUGGAUCAUCUGCGGCUCGCUCGGCAUCUUCCUGUGCUGGCCGUGCUGCUUCAUCCCCUUCUGCGUGGACUCGUGCAAGGACGUCGAGCACCGCUGUCCCAGCUGCAAGAACCUCGUCCACAUCUACAAGCGCAUGUGAGGGGGGAGGGGGGUAGGUUCGGUGGCGGUUCGGCAGCGGACUCACUCUGAGGAGGGAGGGGCGGGCGGGGGGUCCGAACCGAGCUCCCUGGAACGCCUCCUCCUGCGACGGGAGCAGCCGCGGAAGACCACAGGCGACAGCCGAAACCUCCCGCUCUCCUGCAAACACUCGGAGGUGGAAGGUCCAGGGGUCGGAAAGUAAAAGUCGUGCGUCGUGUGUUUUCAUCCACCCGAUGACCAAUAGCUCAUUUCACUACUUCGCUCUACCGCCCCACUGGCCCGAGGAACUGUGCUAAUCCGCUAAUCCAUGCAAUUGACACAAAUUACUGGGUAGGAUUUUUUACUUUUGCGAUCCGGGGAUUUUCCACCUCUGCAAACAUUCCAAAGUGUCUCAUUGCCACUGUACUUCACCGACCUAUACCUUGCGUACAUAUUAAAGUCUUGAAUGUGAACGUAUCAAAUAAAUAUUGCACAUUUGACGGGGCCUAUAAAUUUGCCCAGCUUUGAAGGCAGUGCACCAAAAUCCAGAAUACAGUAAAUUGGGUUAUACCUACACUCCGUGUGCGUGCCAUAUGCGUCUUCUCCAGCCAGCACUUAGGGAAUCUGUGGCCAUUUUGAAGUCUGUACUGAACCCGUAUUGUCUUCAGGUUAUAUCGAUCUGUGUGCUGUGACUGUUGUUGCUUGUUUAUUAUUUGCACAAGUAUGAUUGCACAGUCUUUUUCAUUUAUUCAUUUGAAUGAACUAGUAUCAUGUUUUUGUACACAGUCUUUUGCUGUUAAUGUUGUAUAUACAUGAAUAAAAGAAAUGAUUCAGUUGCACUUUA